AUGGCGGCUUCUGGCCCCGUCUCUAAUUAUUUCGUGGAUUCGCUGCUCGGCGCGGACUCCGAGGAGCUGCUCGCCCCUCGCUUCUCCGGCCCCGGCUCCGCUCGCCCCGCACCGCUGGUCCCCGACUGCUCCGAUUUCCCCUCGUGCAGCUUCGCCCCCAAACCCGCCGUGUUCACCGCAUCCUGGGCUCCCGUGGCCCCGCAGCCCUCGGUGGGUUACCCGCACCCUCACCCGCACCCUCAUCCUCAUCCUCACCCGCACCCGCACCCGCACCCGCACCCGCACCCGCACCCGCACCCCGCCGCUCACUACGGCCCGCAGGCGGCCGAACCGCCCAGGUACGUGCGGACCUGGCUGGAGCCGCUGGCCGGAGCCGUCUCCUUCCCGGCUUUCGGCGCUCGCCCUUACGGCCUCAAGGAAGCGUUCGGCGGCCGCAGGGGCGAGUGCGGGCCCGCGGACGGGCGAGCGUACGCGGAGCUGCUGUACGGGAGCCCGGGCGAGCCGCGGGAGCGAGCGGAGGGCGGCGGGAGCGCGGCCUCCCCCGAGCCCCGGCGCGGCGGAGGAGGCGGCGAGCACAAAGAGGAGAAGCGCGAGUUAGAGCCCAACAACCCCGUGGCCAAUUGGAUCCACGCGCGCUCCACGAGGAAGAAACGCUGCCCUUACACAAAAUAUCAGACCCUGGAACUGGAAAAAGAAUUUUUAUUCAAUAUGUACCUGACGCGGGACCGCAGGUACGAAGUGGCGCGGGUGCUGAACCUCACGGAACGCCAGGUCAAAAUCUGGUUUCAGAACAGGAGAAUGAAAAUGAAGAAAAUGAAUAAAGAGAAAAGCGAUAAGGAGCAGCGAUAAUCGUUUAUUGAGCGCGCGGGCAGACACGCACGCACGCAGGAGGAGGAGGAGGAAAAAAAAAAAUAAGUAAAUAAAAAAAAAAUAAAAAUUUAAAAAAAAAAAAUAAAAUAUAUUUAAAGAAAAAAAGAAUUUUUUUAAAAGGAAAAAAUAUUUGAUAAUUUAACGCGCACAGGGAAAAAAAACAAACAAACAAACAAAAAAAGGGCAGGUCGAGGAUAAAAGAGAGAGGGGAG